GGUUUACACAGAGAAAUAACAAAUAAAUAAGAUGGAUCCCUGUCCCCAAAGGGCUCACAAUGCACCUGCAGGGAGUGGUUCCGUGCACACCACUACUCUAAAGUCAGGCAGUCAGGCCUUCAUGUACUUUCAUUUGGUUGUGAUUACAAAUUACACACACACACACACACACACACACACACACACACACACACACACUCUAAUUUGCAAUAACAAAUAUUUCUAAAUGCAUUUUACAUAGCAAAUGGAAUAUGAAACAAUUCCCUGUCCCAGAAGGCUUCCUUCUCUAAAAAGAAGCCCAAGGGAGACAUUAACAAGAUCCUCUGGGAAGCUUGCAGUUCUAAAUUGAAUAGGCACAGUUGCUCUCCCCUCGCGAAAAAUAGGACCAUCUCCCCUUUAAAAAAUGUGCCCCUUUUAAAGUUAGCAGGGUGGUUGGCAGCAUUCUAACCGGCUCAGAACUCUACAGAGGAGUUGCCGUGGCGCCCAGCUCAAACGCUCACAGGUCUUCCUUUGGCGAGGAAGGCAGCUUGAAGACCUGGAUCUUUGCACGCUACGCUCUUGAGCCAUACAUACUGGUACAUGCUACAGUACUUCGCAGAUACAUUAAAUCUGCAGUUUCCAAGAUGGGCGACGUCGUAAUGAAUACCGUAGCGUCAACUGGUGCAGUAUUAAAAAUUAAGAAAUGCCUGGCUGAGGUCAGCUUCUUGCAACUUUGUGCCUUUUUCCUGAGCCUUAGUGGAUGGCUUAUGUGUAUGACAUCCGCAAUCCUUGUCCAGUGGAGAGUGUGGCACUUUAGUAACCACUAUGGUGGAACCAGCAUUGCUUGGAUUGGGAUUUGGGAAAUCUGCCGUGUCGAUGAAGAUCCGUCUAUUGAUGAGCAAAAUCGCAUGAACUGUACAGCAUUCAGCAAUCUACACACCUUCCUCCCCAGUGAGAUUAUAGCUGCCCAGAAUCUCAUGGUACUCGCUACCAUUGCGGGGGCAGUGCAAACAGGCUUUCUCUCUGUGGCCUUCUCCAAUAUAUAUAGGAAGGAAAAACAGAGAAAACACGUUGCCAACCUUUUUUUGAUUGCAGGCCUCCUAAAUUUAUCAUCGGGAAUAGGUGUCUUCAUUCCAAUUGUUUGGAAUAUGGUUUCCGUCUUGUCAGAAGUGCCAAUUUUCUUCCCUGAAGAUUUCCAUUUACCACAUAAACCAGAAUACCAGUAUGUUGGAGCUGCGCUUCUGGUUGGGCUGAUUUCUGCAAUUUUCCAGAUCUUGAGCGGAUGUUUUAUUCUGCGCAGUAAGCAUUUGGCAGUCAAGAAAAUAUCAGCAAUGGCAACAGAGGCAUCUGCAAGGGCAAGUGAAACCACUCUUUGUCAAAAGUGUUCAUUGUCCUUAGUGCCUAAAACCCCAAAGCCAGAGGAAUCUGCUUCUGUGACCAUCGACAGCCCAUUGGACGUGCGACGCACUGAAAACCCAUCUGUGAUUGUCCAGAUGGAUAACUUCUCUGAAGACGUGACCAAUCCCAGAGAGCCUGUUCCAUCAUUGCCCCAAAGUCACAUUAUAUUGGUGACUCCAUACAUUGAACCAACAGUUGGUGAUGAAUCUAAAUAAUCAGAUUCUAAACACACCAGGACAUGAACUGUGAACAUUUGAAAUUUAUUGAAACCUUUGAAAGGGAUAGUGGGUCUGUUUAUGUUGCAGGAAUAUUUGUUUGUUUGUUUGUUUGUUUGUUUAUUGCUGUAGGGGUUGUUUUUAUACUUUGGGGAUAACUUUUGUGCUGUUAACAAUAAUGGUUGUUUUCAUGGUAUAGGCUACAAUUAUCUUUGAUAGUUUUGUGUUUCUCAUCUUUUAUUAAAAAUAUCCACCUAUUUUAAUCACA